CCAGAAGGGAAGAAAAGCUUAUAAAAAUUCAUAACCCUCUGAACGUUAAGUUAGUUCCAGGUUUGCCUAGUCCCACCCUAUCUGGACUUCUUCAUCCUCUAUGGCGGACACUUAAAUGACUUUUCUAGAACUCUUCACACCAGUGGCUGCUGACGUAGAAGAUUCUGAAUAGACCCCCUCCCUCCUUUAUUUUUUUUCUGGAGACUGAGGCUCAAGCCUGAAGGAUUAUCAAGAUGACUAGAAUCCCAGCCACCAAAAAGAUCCAGAGCGUCCCUAGUAAGAAGGCGCUGUGGCCUGUAAACGCCCCAGCACAAAAGACCUCGUCUUCCCAACAGGUCCAGGAGAAGACGUUGAGAAGCCUCAAAUACAUGGAGAAGGAGAUAGUGAACUUCAGGAAAGACCUCACUCGAAGCCGUUUCCUGAUCCAAUGUGUGAAAAUAGGCCGCGGUUAUUUUAACAUGCUGAGAGAGGAAAGUGUAAUGAGAAAGAAACAACAGAAACUCCAGAAGCUGAAAGAGGAAGAACUAAAUAAAUUCCAGCCAGCCAAAAAGAUUUCAGACAUCCACUUCCAGGAUACGUUUCUGAACGCCUACAACAAUGAGAAGCUGAAGAAGCUGGGCAUCAUCAUCCACCCGUUCGCGCCCAUCCACAUCUGCAUCAGUUCUCCCUCGCUGCCUGAGGCUCACGUCGAGCCCCUCUACCGCCAGCUCUGCGCCCUCCAUUGGCUUCUGGAAGCCCUGACCAUUGACCACACCCACCACAUCAUGCGGCCUGUCAUCGCUUGCUGGAAUCCCAAGGAUCCUGGAGGAAGCAAAAGCACCAUAAAGAAAAUCAACAAGGACAAGUCCAUGGGGCAGAGGUGGGAGCACUUUAUCACCACCCCAAAGUCCAAGAAAUUCAAAGUCCCUGCCGGGCGCAUGAUGACCCGCAGGCAAAGCCGGCGAGGCUCCACGGUCAGCCUGUCUCGGGCCAGCGGAGGUUCCUCCCCACAGAGCAGCAUGAUGUCUGUGAACCCGGGCUCCGAUGAGCUCCCCAGCGUGAUCACCCAGGCCACUGGCAGCAAGGACAUUGAGGACAAUGAGUCAUCUUCAACCAGGCCAGACGAAGAGCCUCUUCACACGAAUCUUCAGAAGCUCCUCGAGAUGGUCUGGGAAGACGCUCACAGGACCAUCACGCUGGGGAGCAACAUUCAGAACAAAGCCCCCAGCAUCCUGUCGGUGUUCAAGCAAAACAAGAGUGACUCUGCCUCCAAGGUGGGACAGACCACCCACAAGUCCAGUGAGAGAUCCAGCACGACAAACGGAGAAAGCCACACCCAGGUGACCCAAAAGAAGUCAAAAAGCCACGCCAACCGUGACAUCAUCCAGUGCAAGAGCGGGAUCUGCUACAGCAUGAGGGCCAAGUUUUACAGCGUGGCCCAGGAGGCCGGCUUCUGCCUGCAGGACAAGAUGGAGAUCCUCAUGAAGCGCCAAGAAGAGCGAGGGAUCCAGAAGUUCCGUUCUUUCAUCUUCACCUCAAACUUCCAGAAGGACAUAGCCAAGAUGAGGCGUCACAUCCCCAUGGUGAAAGGGGACGCGGAAGAAAUCGCAGACCACUGGUACUUUGAUCUGUUGUCCAAACUGCCCGAGGAUCUAAAGAACUUCCGCCCUGCCAAAAAGAUCCUGGCAAAACUUCAGAAGUUUGGAGAGAACCUGGACUUGAGGAUCCGGCCCCACGUCCUCCUAAAGGUGCUGCAGGACCUGAGGGUCUGGGAACUGUGUUCUCCAGACAUCGCUGUGGCUAUCGAGUUUGUGCGAGAACACAUCAUCCGCAUGCCCCAAGAGGAUUAUAUCGCCUGGCUUCAGGGUCGGGUCAACAUACCCAUCAGGCCCCACACGGCCCUGACCUAGCUGGACCAGUCCCAGGGGAGGAGAGCAAGCCACCACCUUGCUGCCCAUCACGUUGCUUCUUACCCGUUCUUACGAACGCUGAUGCAGGAAGAUCACUUGGAGACUGGCUUUUGGAACA